AUGUCGGUGGAGAAGAUCACAACCAUCUCUCCCAUCACCAACCAGCCAAUUCUGACCCGCAAUGGCCUCUCAGAUGCUGAUAUCCAGUCGAUCCCCGAGAUAGCCACUCGCGCUUUCGAGUCUUUUCGGCGUACCUCACUAUCAGAGAGACAGCAAAUCGUUAAGAAAGCCCUGAAGCUUCUUGAUGAACGCCAGGAUGCAUUGGGCAAAGAAAUCACCGAGCAAAUGGGCCGUCCAAUUGCGUACACGCCCAAAGAGGUUACCACAGCCGUCAUGCGUGGCGAGUACCUACUCAAAAUUAGCGACGAUACUCUCAAGGACACGCCAGGAGAAACCGAAAAGGGUUUCAAGCGCUACGUCAGAAAGGUCCCGUUGGGUCCUGUAUUGAUCCUCUUCCCUUGGAACUACCCUUAUCUGACAUUGAUCAAUUCUCUUGUACCUGCUAUUCUGUCUGGAAAUUCAGUGAUUCUGAAGCCUUCCCCCCAGACACCAACUAGCGCAGAGCAGAUCCAAAAAGUCUUCGCAGAUGCUGGGUUGCCCGAAGGUGUACUUCAGAUCUUCCACAGCGGAUCAAAUACACAGAUUGAGGCCAUCGCAAGAUCGCCGCAGAUCCAGCUCGUUUGCUUCACGGGGUCAGUCGCCAACGGACUUGCUGUGCAGAGCGCUGCGAACGACAGAGUUCCUCUUCGCGUGGGACUUGAGCUUGGUGGUAAAGAUCCUGCCUAUGUCCGCUCCGAUGUUGACAUCAAAUGGGCCGCGGAAGAAAUCGUUGAUGGAUCAAUCUUCAACUCGGGUCAGAGCUGCUGUAGCGUCGAGAGAGUAUAUGUUCAUGAGAAGAUCCACGAUGAGUUUGUCGCAGCGGUGCAAGACGUCCUCAAGGGCUACAAGCUUGGCGAUCCGUUUGAAAAGGAUACCCACAUCGGCCCUGUUGUGUCGAAGCGAUCAGCGGAGACUGUGCAAGCACACAUCAAGGAUGCUGUGGAGAAAGGCGCAAAGAACGCAACCCCCGAGAACGAGAGCUUCAAGAACCCUCCCGCUGAUGGCAACUUCGUCGCUCCUACCUUGCUCACUGGCGUCACUCACGAGAUGAUUGUCAUGACCGAGGAAACCUUUGGCCCUAUCAUCCCAGUGAUGAAGGUAAAAGAUGAUGCAGAAGCCAUUAAGCUCAUGAACGACAGUCAAUUUGGACUAACGGCGAGUAUCUGGACCAAAGACACCGACAAGGGACAUGAGCUUGUCGAUGAUGUAGAAGCUGGCACCGUCUUUGUUAACCGAUGCGACUACCCUGCACCCGAUCUUGCAUGGGUUGGCUGGAAGGACUCUGGAAAGGGACAGACACUGAGCAAAUUUGGCUUCGACCAAUUCGUCAAGCUCAAAAGCUAUCACGUCAAGGACUACCCGAAAUAG